AUGGAUGGCAACGGUUGUGGCUUCCAACUUUCUCUCGCGGACGGCCGUGAAUUGGUCCUGUACAAGAAUUGUGUAGACCUCCCAAAACCUCAAGUCAGACCUGAGUGCAAACCCCCGCUGCGCUGGUCCAGUUUGCGGAAGAGUCAGAAAAAGGAAGAGCUACACAAUUUCAUUCCUCUUCAGCUUAUUCUGUGGGCCGAAUUCCAAGGAAAAACUGUUUCGAUCACAUUUGCAGAGUACACCAGUCCAACUGAGUUGCGGCCAACUACUCGAACCUAUACUCCAGCCUUCGGCUCCAGCUCCGAAAUCGAUACGUGGGUGGCUGCUCUUAUACGCCGGGCGUAUGGCACCGCGCAGAGACAGAAAAGAGCCCUAGUUCUGAUCAACCCUCAUGCUGGACCCGGGAAAGCGUGGAAGAAGUGGAAUAAGGUGCUACCUCUCUUUGAGGCAGCCCGCAUGGAGAUAGAAGUGAUGGUCACCAGCCAGCCCGGUGAGGCCAUUGCGAUAGCUCGCAACCUUCACAUCGACCGAUUCGAUACACAAGGUCGCCGUCUCGCAAAUACCUGCGGCUCUGGCAACGCGAUGGCCUGCAACCUCUACGGCAGUCACUAUGCAAGCAUUGUGGCUCUCGGGAUAAUCAAAGGCAUUGAUACGGCGAUGGACCUGGUCAGCUACACGCAGGGGGACCGCCGAGGGGUAAGCUUCCUAAGUUGGGCGUUGGGUAUCAUCGCCGAGGCCGACCUGGGGACCGAGCAUAUGCGCUGGAUGGGGGCUGCUCGGUUUCAUGUGGGCGUGCUCGCGAGAAUCCUUAGCAAGAAGGCUUACCCGUGCGACAUUGACGUGAAAGUUGAGCUAGGGGAUAAAGCAGACAUCCAGCUAGCCUUCCACGCUGCUGCUGCCAUUCCUGCCGUGAAAGACCUGAUCAAUACAUGGGCGGUCGAUGCUGAGUCCCAAGGACUACCACCGUUGAAGUAUGGCACUGUGCAGGAUCCGCUCCCCUCAGAUGGUUGGCGUCGGAUUAAAUAUGAAAAUAUGGGGAACUUCUAUUGUGGAAAGAUGGAGUUCAUCGCUCCCCAUGUGGCGUUCUUCCCCGCCUCGCGGCCUAAUGACGGACUGCUAGAUCUGGUGACCUUCAGGUCGGACCUCCCGAUACUCAAGACUUUCGAGCUCUUCGGAAAGCGUUCCGUAUCUCGCCUCGAGAUCAAGAAGAUGGAUGUAUUAGCAUAG